AACUUAAAUAACUUGCUUUUACUAGGUUUUUAAGAAACAAAACCUCGAUCCCCUGUUUGUGGAUAAAGUUGUAACGGUGACUUAUAACUCUGUUGACAUUUUGAUACCCCUAUAUUAUCAUCAUAGUUAUACAACCGUAACGGAGUACUUUUUGUGUUUCUUUCACGAUAAGAUAUCAUCGCAAAAUUUUCAAUGAUGAAUAGAUUCCUGACCAACAGCUUAUUGCUUGUAUUGGCGCCCAUUUUUGUGGUCUCAACCGAUAUCCUUGUAUCUAAGUACACCACUCAUGCUGCUGUGAGCCAAAUCUACCAGAAAAACCGGGAGGUGGAUUUGAGUUAUCAAAACACCCAUUCCAUUACUUCAAGAUACUUCAAUACCAAACUAAAAAAGUAUCCCGUAGAUAAGCAUUGAUUGGGGGUGGUACUGGUGGAGUUCAUGUAUAACAUUAAUGGGCUAGCAGGCUAGACUUUUGUACAUAGUAGUGACGAAUAUAUACUUUAUGAAUGAUAUUGUAAUAGU